AUCGCCCAGUCUGAGCGGGAUGAGCGCCCUCCAACGACGCGAUUUCUUGGAAAAGCGCGCCUGGGAAUGGAUCGAGGCCGUGGAGGACGUUGAUCGAGAUAUCAGCGAAGAAGAGGUCCAACUAGCAUACCGCCUCCAUUUCCCAUUGCAUCUUCCUCUCAGGGAUAAGUGCAAGAAGAACUGCAAAUAUAACCCCAGGUGUUAUGUUGGAUUGGGUGAGCAGAAAUGGUUGGACUCGGAUGACAGCGAUGAUGACGACGAGGAUGAGGACGACGACGAGGGGUCCGAUAUUGCCCUGGAGCGUCGGGCCAAUAGCUUUCCCGCGGGUUUGUUGAACUUGGGCAACACGUGCUACGUGAACUCGUUCCUCCAGAUCUGGUUCCAUAACGUGAACUUCCGACAGGCUCUCUAUGAAUGGGAUCCGGAGCAAGACGACGAGGAAGGCGAGAACGAGACGCUCUUGGAGGCCGAAAACUACAAACCCCGCGGGAAAGUGGCCAGCCUUCAAGCCUUAUUCGCCAUGAUGGAGUUCACCAACCGAAGAGCAGUGGAUCCCAAUGACUUUAUCACCAAACUGGGUCUGGAUCCUCAAGUGCAACAGGACGCCCAAGAGUUCUCUAAGCUGUUCAUCUCUCUCUUGGAAUCCAGUCUGAGCAAUCAAAAGAGUCUCAAUGUGCGUUCACUGAUCCAGAACCAAUUCCGGGGUGAAUACGCUUACGUCACGAAAUGUAUGGCCUGCAAACGAGAAAGUUCCAGGCCGUCUUUUUUCUACGAACUGGAUCUCACUUUACAAGGUAACAAGACGUUGAAAGAUUGCUUGGAGGACUUCACCAAGAAGGAAAAACUUCAAGGCGACAAUCAGUACUUUUGCGAAAAUUGUAAUGCCAAAAAAGAUGCCACCCGAUGUGUCCGAAUCUCCCAAGUGCCAACAGUAUUAAACCUUCAACUCAACCGAUUCAUCUUUGAUAUGCAAACGGGUCAAAAGAAAAAACUGAACUCCGUUGUUCGAUUCCCAGAACAAUUGGACAUGUCCGAAUACCUGAGAAAACCGCCAGGAAGCCAAGUCUACACGCUCACUGGGGUUCUCAUGCAUGUGGGGGCAGAAGCCAACCAUGGACACUACAUAGCCCAUAUUCAGGAUGCGUGUACUGGUCAAUGGUACAAGUUCUCGGAUGCGUUGGUGGGUCGAAUUUGGGGCAAGAACCCCAAAUUGGGCAGCGAAAGCGAUCCUUUCAUGAUGAACGGAAGUUCACCCACCAACGGCAAACGUGGACCCAAAGGCAAUAACACCGGCAAGGGCAUACAAAGCUCGAAUAACGCUUACAUGUUGGUCUACACCGAGCAGAACGCCUUAAUCAGGAUCCGUGCCAAGGAACAAGAGGAACAGAUCAAGAAGACCUUGGUCCAAAACAGAGCCUUGCGAGCCAUCCAGAAAAAGAACCAAGUGUUUCGACGGAAAUUGCGGGAAGAGAAGCGCCUAAAACGCGAGGAGAAAUGGAAACGAUUGGAACAAUACGAAGAUGCUGUCAAUAGGGACGAAGAUAUCCUGGAGGACGAAGAAGAUGAAGACGACGAGGACGAGGAGACCUCUUCGGAAGAUCUCUCGUCACCUUCCGAGGACGAGAUUGACGAGGACCUCCAAUCUGGUCUAGCUGAUUACACCUAUGUCAAUGGACUAGUCUAUCCCUCAAAUUUCCCCAUCUACCUACGGGCAUAUAUUGAGCAAGACCGGCGGAUGUUGGACGAGGAAAUUGAGGAAUCCGCACUUUGCAAGCAAGAACAACAUGAAGAGCGAAUGUCCAUCAAGCAUAAUCUGCGCGAUAUCUGCGAACAGAUGCCUUAUCACGAAACGGAGGACGAAACGGGGACCGAUUUCGAGUUCAUUCCCACGGAAUGGCUCAUGCGAUAUCUAGAUAAUCCUCUUAUGGCGGCGGAUGAACCCAUCGAAACCUUGGACUACUUGUGCAUGCACGGCAAACUCAAUCUCGAGAAGAUCUUUGAGGUGAAGGUGAUCAAUGUUGAAGUGGCAAAUAGGUUGUGUGAGGAUGUGACAGAGUGUCGUGGACGGAGACUCACUCAUGAUGCGUUGUGCAAGAUAUGCGUGAAGAACCAAUGUAGACGUAUCCAGUUGGUUGAGAGUACCAUUCGCGAUGCAAAGGCCAUAAUCGAGCUGUCUAAGAAACCCGUGACAGAUUCCGGGUUAGCCUAUUGGGUGGGGAAAAUGUCCCUGAGGAAUUGGAGGAAAAUCGCUAAGGAUGACUUGAAUGAGGACAUUCAAGAGGAGGCCGACAACUAUGACGACGAAAUGGACUUCAUUGAAAUCAUGGAGAUUGGACUAGCGUCAAGUAAAAACGACAAGGCCGCACCUACGAGCCCCGAGCUUAAGGAUCACCUCCCCAACGGGACCACGCCCACUCAGACACAAUCCCCUAAAUCUGACGACGAACCCUUGAGCACAAAGCCAGCUCCCGCCAAUGGGUCUCCCGAUAAUCCAGAGGAAGGAAAAGCCCAGCUGGAUUUGGAGGAAGUCCAGACCAAGCUCCUCAAGGUGGGGACCGAUAUCAGCGUGGCCAAGGUGAACGGCAACACUCCAAUCUCGACCAAUCUGAACGCCAAGAUGGGAGGGAUCGAGAUCCAUCCCACCUUGGCCAAUGGCAACUCCUCUCCUGUAACCAAUGGCCACCAUAGGUCCAAGUCCUCAAGUACAUCAUCGACCUCGUCCACGUCUUCGAAGGUGGAGACCCACACGGCUGUGAAAAUUAAGGAGAACGGACACUCCGAACCCAAUAACAGGCCCACAUCCGUGGUCACGUACCCGUUGUCCCAAUUGCACGCAGAGCGAUUGCAUUUCAAUAGUGAUAUCGUGUGCGAGCAUGGAGAACUCUCCCCUUUGGCCGCCAACCGUCGACUGGUGUCCAGUGAGGUUUGGACCAUCUUGAAGCGAUACUUCCCAGGUACGCCGAGCUUUGAGCGCUCUCACGUGACCUGCCCGCAGUGCCGGGCGAGCGCCAAUCAAGCAGCGAGAGCCGACGAAGAGCGAAGGGAACUGGCUCAGGCUCAAAAGAACGCACUUAACGAUGUGCUUAACGAGCGGAAUCGGCCUUCAUGGUCGAAGGCCACUUUGAACAAGGUCUAUCUGAUCUCUCGAGGCUUUGUUCAAGAAUGGCGCUCGUUCAUCCGAAGUCCAUCGUCCAAAGACCCCGUCAGAAUAUUGGGCAACGACACUCUCCUUUGUGAGCAUGGUGGUCUCGUUUAUCCUCUGGAUUUGGACACUGAAUCCGAUUAUGAAUCAGUUGAUUCCUGGAGUGAGGAUGACAAGAAGAGCAUAUUUAUGGUGUCAGAAGACGAGUGGGGACACAUUCGCAAAUUCUUCCAAGUGGAUCACACCAUUUCGGUGGUGCGGAAUAAAGAGGGUCCGGAGCUUCUCAGUAGUGAUCCCAAAGUGUGCGCCGAGUGCCUUGCCAAACGAAAAGAACAAGAAGAGCUGGAAAAGUUAUGCUACACCAAUGUACCUGUUUAUGUCCGCCGUUUGACCGGAUCGGAUAAAACCCCCGUCUUUCUGGACUACAAGGACCCGGAUUUCAGUAGCAGUGAUGCCAUCACGCCUACGGGGAGAUGUGCCACCAAUGGCACACCCCUCAAUGGUCACCCACCGUUGAAGAAGCAAAAGAUGGGCGAGUCCAAUGGAAUUGCAUCAGAGGCGGGACCUCAUGCCGAAGAGAACGGAACCACGACCAACAAUGCGACCGUUAACAGUCACCACAAUCCGCUCAUCGAUGUCAGAAGAAGCCAUCGACGACAAAAAGUGCGCGGAGAAAAGGAAUUCAUCGUUAGCUCAUCCAUGCUCCUUCGGGAUUUUAAGAUCAAGAUCAUGGAGAGCUUCAAAGUGGCUCCUUUUGACCAGAAUCUGUGCGUGAAUGGGGUCUAUUUGGAAGAUUCCACCAAGACAUUGGGGGAAUUGAAAGUCUUGCCGAAGUCUUUGAUCUAUCUUCGACCCGAUGAGCCAUCCACCAACGGACCCAUUGACAUGGACGAAUGCUGGAGUAUGCAACAUCCAGAAGAAGGAUUUAAAGGAACCGGAUUGCUUAGCGGCAUGUGAAGGCAAAGAAGAAACCCACUCAAAAUUAUCAUCGUCUCAUUCCAUUCACUUCCAUUUAUUUUCGUUUCAUCACUAUGUAGAUCCAAUAGAUAAUUACCAAUCCACAAAAAUAA